UAAGAUGACUACUGAAGGGCAAAGAGUUGAUGAUAGCCCAAGUACCAGUGGAGGCAGCUCUGAUGGAGAUCAGCGAGAAAGUAUUCAACAGGAUCAGGAAAGAGAACAAAUUCAACCUAAGAAAAAAGAAGGCAAAAUCUCUAGCAAAACAGCAGCUAAACUUUCAACCAGUGCUAAAAGGAUUCAGAAGGAGCUUGCAGAAAUUACAUUAGACCCUCCUCCAAACUGUAGUGCUGGACCAAAGGGAGACAAUAUUUAUGAAUGGAGAUCAACUAUACUUGGCCCUCCAGGUUCUGUAUAUGAAGGGGGAGUUUUUUUCCUUGAUAUCAUGUUCUCUCCAGACUAUCCAUUUAAACCACCAAAGGUUACAUUUCGGACAAGAAUUUAUCAUUGUAAUAUUAAUAGCCAAGGAAUAAUUUGCUUGGACAUUUUAAAAGACAACUGGAGCCCAGCAUUAACAAUAUCCAAAGUCCUUCUCUCCAUCUGUUCACUUCUUACAGACUGCAAUCCUGCUGAUCCCCUAGUUGGAAGUAUUGCUACUCAAUAUAUAACAAAUAGGGCGGAGCAUGACAGAAUGGCCAGACAGUGGACCAAGAGAUAUGCAACAUAGGAAACUGCUGAAGAAUAUGCUGGACCUGUACAAGCACAUUCACUAAGUGCAUCAGUAACCCUCCUGUUUAAUUUUUAUUAAAUUUUGAAAUAUUUUGUGAUAGAGUUGAUUAUACUUCUCUCCUUUUAUUAUUUUACUUUUCUGCUUAAUUUGAAAAGUGUAUCUUUUUAAUAGAGAUUUGGAAUUUGGGUUACAGUGCAAGGAAUGUUGAACCUAUAAUAAUAUAGAGCUGCAGUCCCCAAUCUUUCCAGCUCUGCGGACCGGCAGUUAGGGGUGGGAAAGGAAAUGGAUUUAUAUGUGUACGCACUGAUUGUGCAAAUGCAGCUUUAUAUGCUCAUGCACUUGUCCACCACUUUCGUGGCCUGGUUCCCAACAGCUGACAGCCCAGCAGCAAGCUGGGGGUUAGGGACCCCUGGUGUAGAGCUUUGUCACAAAGCUUUAUAGCAAUGUAUUUUUUUUCUUUUGUGUGUUUCAGAAAAUCAAGCACGUUCAGAACUACAUAUUAUUUCUACUUAAAUGUAGUAUUUAGGAGAUUUUUUCAUGGAAGUCUUUAAGGGGGGGGGGUGCAUGUUACUGGGAAUAGGUUUUCUAUAAAAAGCAUAAAAUCAAGAAUCACUGUGAAUUAUUAACACUAUGUUUUAACACAAAGCUACUGGUUUGAACCACAGAUAUGUAUGUUGAUUUAAUUAUAUAUAAAAAGUGUUUGUAAAUUUCUUAGGGACCUUUCACUUUUGAUUAUAGAUUAGUUGAUAUACACUUGUAUUAUUAAAACACUCAAUAAAAAACACUGACUAAUAAUUUGCAGUUUUUGUAAGGGAGUGCUUUUGUGAGAGAAUAGAGUAAGUUCGCCCUGAAUUUUUCUAAAGUAUUUUUCAUUUAUUCUUUCUUCUAAGCUACCCAUUUUUGGAAAAUAAAACUGCAGUGUUGGCAUUUUAGACUCAUAGUAGAAAAGUUUAUCUACUAAGCAAAUUCUUAAAUGUAUCAUUUUCUUACAAUAUUACUUAA